GAGCACGUCGCCUCGCAGGUGGGCGCGAAGCGGCAGGAGAAGGCGACCUCCAAGGAGGCUGCCGUGGCUGCGGAGCCGGAGGCCGCGUCGACCGCGCUGCCGAUCCCCCGGCGGAAGCCGCUGCCGAAGGCGGAGCCGACCGCGGAGCGGCGGGCGCAGCUCCCGGUGCCCAGCGUCGAGAGGCCGGAGCUGCGGCGCGCACUCGAGGUGGUGGCGCGGAAGCCGUGGUCGAAGAUCAGGUGGCCGCACAACUUUACCGCGCUGCACCUCGCAGCGCAGCUGGGCUCCUCCGAGGUGGUGGAAUUCCUGUUGGAGGCCACGGCCGCUCCGAGCCUGCAGACGCAGGACGAAAGAGGGCGAACGCCUCUCGACAUCGCGAAGAAGCACGGCUUCUCGGCACUGGAGGAGCUGCUGGCGCCUCCGACGAGCCCGUCCCGCGGCUCGCGGACGAGCGCCCUGAGCUUCGGCCACCUGGGGCGGCGGAUUGGGGGACUGUCGCCGCCGAGCGCGACACCGACGAGCGGCAACGCAGUGUCAUCUAUGGCCGAGCCCAAGAAGGCUUCGCCGAACAAGUACACGCACUGGGAUCCUUUCAAGAAGCAAUGGGCCGCUGGAAAGAUGGCAACGCGGUGGACGGGUGAGCGAUACGUGGACGUGCUGAGGGAAGUGCUGCGCAUACGCGACAGGAACCCCGACGACCUGGGCCUGCUGGAGCUGCGCGGGGAGGUCGCUCGACUCAGAGCUGAGAACUCCGCGUGGCUCUCAGAGCGAAAAGCAGGCGUGGGCCCCGGUGGGAGCGCCGAAGCCCACGGCGCCGCCGCAGCCAGGGGCUUCGGCCUGACGGGGCCCCUCGACGAGCGCCAGCUGGUGAAGUACAUGAAGCAGGUGGACAUGUUCGGGCGGGAGAAGGUCCUGAGCAAGCUCGAGGACAGCCCCAACGUCGGAGGCAUGGCACUGGACAGCGCCAAGGCCCUGAAGGCCAUGGAGCAGAUCGAGAUGGCGAUCAGGCUCUGCGAGUCCAGGACGAAGGACACCUUCGAGGACAACUCCGUGGAGACCGCGGAGCCCGACCCGGUGCCGCCAGAAGAGGCGGCGGCAGCUGCACACGCCGGAAGCGGAGGCCGCUCGCAGCCCGGGCCGCAGGACGCCGCGGCCGCCGCGCCAGAGGCAGCUCCGGCCUCCGCACCGGCGCCCAGCAAGGGCCCUGGCAAGGGCAAGAAGGGCCCGCCCCCGCCGAAGGCGGGCGGCGCCACCCCAGCGGCGGAGGUUGCGCCCGCCGCCGGCCCAGCCAAGGGCCCCCCUGCCAAGGGCGGGAAAGGAGGCGGCCCGCCCGGCGCGAAGGCCAAGGGCGCGAAGGGCGGCUCGAAGGCCGGGGCGGCGGCCGUGGAGCUCAAGAAGCCGAAGGUGGAGCCGGCGAAGCCGAUGAAACCGUUGUGGUGGACCAGGCUGAAUUUCGGCGCCCAGCUGAAGCAAGGCGAGACUGUGUGGGACGAGGUGUCGGAUCUUUCGGACAUGUUGCCGAUCGACGAGCUGGUGGAGCGCUUUGCCAAACGGCACCGGCCGCCAAGCCGAAGGUGCAGGAAGCCGUCGGCGAGAAGAAGAAGAAGAUCCAGUACAUCGAGGUCAUCACGGACCCUAAGGCCAGACAAAACAAGGAGCUGGCCCUGA